AUGGGGAGCUCGUCGGCGGCGCCGUGGAAGCAUCUUCUCCUCGGCUCAAUCCAAGCCAAUUCCCACCUAAAGCAUUGUUCCUAUUUCCAGCUCGCAACUGUCUCAUCCAGUAGCAAACCCUCGAACCGUACUGUUGUUUUCAGAGGAUUUCAGGAUGAUGGUGAUAGGAUCUUGAUCAACACCGACACUCGUACUCGUAAGAUUGAUGAUCUCAAGCACUGCCCGUUUGCCGAGAUAUGCUGGUAUUUUACCGACUCGUGGGAGCAGUUUCGCAUUAGCGGACAUGUGGAUGUCAUAGACGGAACUAAUCCUGAUCCAGUUAAACUUCAGCAAAGAGAGAAAUCUUGGUUUGCCUGUUCUCUUAAAUCGAGAAUGCAGUAUACCAUGCCCACCCCAAGAAUUUCUAUUCACGACCCGCCAUCUCAAACACCCUCUUUAGAUCCUUCGGUUGGACCCACUGAUACAUUUUGCCUGCUCGUGCUUGAUCCUGACCAGGUUGAUUAUCUGAACUUAAAGAGCAAUGAGAGGCUAGUCUUUACAUCGGAACCGAGCGUCAAUGGUGAGAGGCUUUGGACUUCAGAGCAAGUCAAUCCGUAG